GCAGCAGCAGACCGCAAUCAUGGCGAAGAAGGAGGAGCCCAUCAUGGAUGGGCCCAAGCGAAUGCAGAAUGAACUCAAGCUGAUGAUCGAGGACACGCAGUUGCUGCAGUUUCGCUGCUUGGAGGUCGAACCGGACAACAUCUUCAAGUGGUACGGCCUGCUGAUGCCCAUCAGUGCGCCCUACGACAAAGGGGCCUACAAGCUGGAGAUUGACUUCCCGCAGCAAUACCCCUUCAAGCCGCCACGGCUCCACAUCAACACAAAGAUCUAUCAUCCGAAUGUGAAUGAGCGCGGACAGGUGUGUCUGCCCAUCCUGGAGAGCGAACACUGGCUGCCCACGUCCCGCAUUGAGGCGGUGCUCAAUUGCCUGCUGGCCACCAUCAACGAUCCGCAGCCGGACAAUGCCUGGAGCUUGGACAUGGCCAAUGAGUAUCGCAAUGAUCCCAAGAAAUUCUACAAAGUUGCCGAUGCCUGGGUGGAGCGUUACAGCGAGCAUCGCCCGACAGAUGCUGAAUUGGUGGCUUUUGCGCGCAAGCGGAAGAAGGCAAUGCAGAAGAGUUAGGUG